GUGUAUGGUUAAUUGUUGAUAAUGUUAAUGCUAAUCCACAGGUGAAAAACCAUUAAAACAUUUCCUGUCUGUAUACAGCUGUCCUUUAAAUAAAGGUGAAAAAGCCUAGAAAAUGAUAGCAGGGUGUGUGCAGUCCUUAAAGUAUUAGAACGUCUCAAUAAUAAUAUGCAUUAAAAGUCACUGAAUAGUCUCGAAUUGGAAUUUGUAAAGUCUUGUCACAAUUUUGUAUCCUAAAUGUCAGUUAUCCAUCUUUUCUGUAUUUACUUAUUUAUUUUGUCAAAUUGAGUCGUCAUAGGACAGUAUUUUAUCCAAAAAUAUCUUUAAAACAAAAAAAGAGGGAAAGGAAAGUAUUUCUUUAAAAUAACAUUGCAAGUCAUACUACCUAUCAUCAUCCAAAAUAGCAUUAAAAACAAGUGAUAGGAGGGUAUAUCGUUUAAAAUAGCAUUAAAAAAGUCAAACUAUGAUAUGUCUCACAAAAUAGCAUAAAAAAGUCAUAUAGUACAGUUUAAGGUUGCAGCUUUGGUAUAAACAGGCCCCGAGGAUUGAGGAUUUGACAUCGUGUGGUGAAACCGUGUAAAUACAACUUCUGGGUCUGUCAUUUGAUGCCACGGGGUAGAAAAAGUCUCUCUCCAUAAAGUUAUAGUGUGAAAAAACAUUUAUUUGUGAACUGAUCCACUUGGUCCCCAUUCAAGUUAACGGAGGGCUAAACGAAGUUGUCCACUCAGCUGGCGAAGUCUGUAUUGGCCCAACGAUGCAGAAGAUCCAGGUACCUUUACAUCUGGAAAGGCAAACUUUUCUGCCGCCACUGUGAAGCUUUCAUGGGAAAGGACGUGGCUCGGCCUCCAAUAUGCUUUAUCCAGUUCUCUCUGUACAUCUAUGGGUAUAAAUCAUGAUUAAAAUAAAAGCUGCAUCAAUCCUUCCCGUGUUCUCCGCCUGCAGCCGUUAUCUGUUUCUCUUUCACUCCUCUAACUCGCCCUCUGCGUGGUUUCCAGACGGCUACCCACGAGACGAGAUCGUGUACAAGUGGAGCCGCAACUCAGCGGAGACCUCGGACCAGAAAUACUGGAGGCUUUACCAGUAUGAUUUCAUGGGGCUCCGAAACACCACGGACGUGCUCACGACGACAGCAGGCGACUACGUGGUGAUGACCGUGUUCUUUGACCUCAGCAGACGGAUGGGCUACUUCACCAUCCAGACCUACAUCCCCUGCAUCCUGACCGUGGUCCUCUCCUGGGUCUCCUUCUGGAUCAAGAGCGACGCCACGCCCGCAAGAACGGCUCUAGUUGAUCUUUUCCAAAGCUCUCUCCUUCAGAUCCCCGCACGCAAGGGUCAGCGACAGUCUUUCAGGUGAUUCAUUUCUUAAUGUGUCUAAUUAUUUCUCUUAUGUGGUAUCUAUAAACAGAGAGAGACACUCCUGCAUGCUGUCCCGCUUACUGCUGACAUAUUUAUUGCACCAAUAAAACAACAUUUUGGUCCAUCAGACCUUCAUCAGG